GUUUGAACAUACCCCGUGUAGAGGGACAGGCCCGACUUCAGCAUGCAUGUGGAUCUCGGCUUCGAAUAGGUUUCAGAUUCGGUCAACCAAGUUGCCAGAUGCUGACAGGUUCCCUCGCAUGGCAGCUGCCCCCCUCGCCCUCCCCCCGCCGCCGUUCCGAACAGCGCCGAGGCGUGCAGGCAGACCUGCUUUGCGUGGUGGCGUCCAGAAUUCCUGUCGGGCCGCGCCACGCCCCCCCGCCCGUGCAAGUAAGCUCGCCAGAGUCCAGCGGCAGACUCCCUCAUACCUCGGGGCCCGCCCCAUCCCUCAGAACCCGGCGACGCGAACAUAACGCGACGGCGGUUUUAGGUUGUAGUUGUGUUGCCUUUCGAUGCUGUUUCCCGACCGCAGGACCGUCAAGCAGCGACUCAGGAUGAAGAAAUCCUGGUCUGGGAAGCAGUCGCAGCCCUUUGGCCGAUGCUGCUGCGGCGGCUGGAUUCAGUUCUCGAAAUUCUGGUCAUCGGGCACCUGUCAAUACUAUAUCCAGCGCUGUUCUUUCGCCGCCAGCUGUUCGUGUCAUGGCAGGCCUGUUUUACAGUCUCGCUGUCCCCACGAGUGGGGCGUGACGUUUCCGGGCGUCUGGUCGGACUUUCUCUUAAAUGAUUGUUGUUGUUGUUGUUGUUGUUGUUGUUGUUGUUGCUGCCGCUGUCGUUGUUCUUGCUGUCUCUGCUGCUGUCGUUGGCACCCUGGCAGAGAUCUGGUGAGCAGCGGCCAUGGUAUCUAUCUGUCGGUCCCUCCCCGCAGGUGCGGCCGGCGGCGCGGGGCGGGCCGCGGGCGAGGGCUCGGCCGGCGCGCCCGACAACGUCGUUGCCACGCUGCGCUGGCUGUCGAGCGCCCAGGCGCCUGGCGCCCAGGCAAGCAGCGGCGCCGCUGGCCCAAGGCAGCUCACGGCCGCGGCCGCGGUGCUGUGGCGCGAGGGCCCCGAGGGCGGGCUGGAGCUGCACCUGCGCCCCGCGGGCGCUGCCGCGAGCGAGGAGCCAGCCUCGCGCGGCGCUGCCCCGCCCGGCGGCGAGGCACCGGCGCGGCGGCCAGAGGAGGGGCGCCGCGGCGCGGAGCGCGUGCUGGCCUCCUGGGGCGAGUGGGCGCGCCCUCUGGGAGC